AUGGAGCUGCUACAGCGAGCGCGCAGAGCCAACGGGGCACGCACACGCUUCCACAUGGCUGCAAACCUAUGGCGAACGUUAUCGGCCACCAUCUGGAUAUUAACAUUAGUUUCAAGUUCGAGAACGAGGAUUUAUCCACCAAAUGAAGUGACCCUGCUGGACACCAGGACAGUGCCAGGAGAGCUGAAAUGGGCAGCCAGUCCUUCAGAGGGGUGGGAAGAGGUGAGCAUUAUGGAUGAGAAGAACAUCCCCAUCAGGACAUACCAGGUGUGUAAUGUCCUAGAGCCCAAUCAAAACAACUGGCUGAGGACGGACUGGAUCCCUCGGUCUGGAGCUCAGCGGGUCUACGUCGAAGUCAAGUUUACACUGAGAGACUGUAACAGCCUUCCAGGAGUCACCGGCACCUGUAAGGAGACAUUUAAUCUGUACUACCACGAGUCAAACGAAGACAGAGAGAGCUACAUCAAAGAGAACAGCUUCAUUAAGGUGGACACUGUGGCAGCAGACGAAAGCUUCACCCAGGUGGAUGUUGGAGACCGCAUUAUGAAACUGAACACGGAGGUGCGAGAUGUAAAAGUCACGACCCGGAAGGGGUUCUACUUAGCCUUUCAGGAUGUGGGCGCCUGCAUUGCUUUGGUUUCUGUCAGAGUUUUCUACAAAACCUGCCCACUCACAGUUCGCAACCUGGCAACUUUUCCUGACACCAUCACCGGGGCUGACACGUCCUCCUUAGUGGAGGUACGGGGGUCCUGUGUCAACCAAUCAGAAGAAAGAGAGGAACCUAAAAUGUACUGCGGUGCUGACGGAGAGUGGUUGGUUCCUAUUGGUGGAUGCCUCUGCAACCCUGGAUAUGAAGAAAAGGGAGGUGCAUGUAAAGCCUGUUCUGCUGGUUUCUAUAAGGCCAAAUCUACAGAUCCAGGAUGCGCUAAGUGUCCUCCACAUAGCCACUCCCUCAGAGAUGGGGCAACUGUCUGCGACUGCCAUUCUGGAUUCUUCCGUGCUGAUAGUGACCCUCCGUCCAUGGCCUGUACCCAGCCACCAUCAGCCCCACAGCAACUCAUUUCAGUGGUGAAUGAGACUUCGGUGGUCUUGGAAUGGGCCCCCCCUCAUCGUUUGGGAGGAAGAAGUGACACAAGCUACAGUCUGGAGUGUCUCAUCUGUCAAACUGGGAGCCACGGUCACACUGGCGUCAGAGCCCUUCCUAGGAAUCACAGCAUCGCUCAGCCUGAGGCUCAGCACAACGGGUUGGGAAUGCAGUCAGACCAGGGGAUUGUGGGACCUGAAGCUCCCCAUCUAGGCAGAGGUGUUUUCCAGAGCAGGCCUGGAGAUUACCCCCGGCCUGGUUCUGGCUCCGGCUCCGUCUCCGGCUCUCAGCUCUGCGCGCCCUGCGGCUCAGAUGUGCUCUUCUCUCCCGGUCAGGCGGGCCUCAAGACCACCAGGGUGGUGGUGAGCGAGCUCAGGGCCCACACACACUACACCUUUAUUGUCCAUGCGCGCAAUGGGGUCUCCCAAGCCAGUGGUGCAGGGGCAGCACAGAGCGUGUCUGUCAGCGUCACCACCAACCAAGCUGCACCCUCUCCAGUGUCGUUUAUCCAAGCCACUGAUGUCACCAGGCACAGUUUGUCAUUGUCAUGGCAACAGCCAGAUCGACCCAAUGGGGUCAUCCUGGAGUACGAGGUCAAGUUCUAUGAAAAGGAUCAGAGAGAGAGGUCCUACCGCAUAAUGAGGACCUUCUCUCGGAGUGUCGAUGUCACGGGCCUCAACCCCCUCACUGUUUACGUGUUUCAUGUGCGUGCUCGCACAGCUGCUGGAUAUGGAGAGUUCAGCACGCCUUUCGAAUUCUCCACAAAUUCAGAUCCCUUUCCUCUGAUUGGAGAAGGAGUUAACUCUGCCUUCCUCCUGCUGUCUGUCAGCGGGGUUGGAAUUUUACUGCUGAUAUCUGCAGCUGUCUUCAUCAUUAGUCGCAGGAGGAGCAAGUACAGUAAAACAAAGCAGGACUCAGAGGAGGAGAAACAUCUUAACCCAGGAGUAAAAAUCUAUGUGGACCCGUUCACCUAUGAAGACCCCGAUCAGGCAAUCCACGAGUUUGCCAAAGAGAUUGAUGUCAGCUGUAUUCACAUUGAGAAGGUUAUUGGCAUGGGAGAGUUUGGGGAGGUGUGCAGUGGUCGGCUGCGUGCGCAGGGAAAGAGGGAGAUCUACGUUGCCAUCAAGAGUCUGAAGGCAGGAUACUCUGACAAACAGAGGAGGGACUUCCUGUCUGAGGCCUCCAUCAUGGGACAAUUUGACCAUCCGAACAUCAUCAGACUAGAGGGCGUCGUCACGAGAUGCAAGCCGUUGAUGAUCAUCACAGAAUACAUGGAAAACGGCUCUCUGGAUGCAUUUCUUCGGAAACAUGACGGCCAGUUCACAGUGAUCCAGCUGGUUGGCAUGCUGCGCGGGAUCGCCUCAGGUAUGAAGUACCUGUCAGACAUGAACUACGUUCACAGAGAUCUGGCAGCGCGAAACAUACUGGUGAACAGCAACCUGGUGUGCAAAGUGUCCGACUUUGGCCUGAGCCGAGUUCUGGAGGACGACCCAGAGGCCGCCUACACUACAAGGGAGGCCACUGGGACUUAUCUUUCUCCUGGAGGGAAGAUCCCCAUCAGAUGGACUGCUCCAGAAGCUAUAGCCUACAGGAAGUUCACUACAGCCAGCGAUGUGUGGAGUUAUGGUAUCGUUAUGUGGGAGGUGGUUUCAUACGGAGAGAGACCCUACUGGGAUAUGAACAACCAAGAUGUGAUCAAAGCGAUAGAAGAGGGCUACCGACUGCCUGCUCCCAUGGACUGCCCCGUGGUGCUGCACCAGCUCAUGCUGGACUGCUGGGAGAGGGAUCGAGCAGAGAGACCCACAUUCAGCCAGAUACUCAACAUGUUGGAUAAACUCAUACGCAACCCUGGGACUCUACGCCGGACAGGAGGGGAAAGGCCCACAGGCACAAUGCUGGAGUCCGGGGUGGGAUCAGAGGUGUGUGUGUCAGUCAUACCGGAGAUGUGUGUGCCAGAGUGGUCGCUGUGUGAGUGGCUGCAGUCCAUCGGGUUGGAGAGGUACAGAGACACCCUUGCAGCGGCAGGUUACACCAGCCUUGACAGUCUCCUGGCUCUCACACACCAGGAGAUGGACAGACUUGGAAUAAUCACACCGUCACAUCAGGACAUGCUAAUUGCUAGUGUGCAGCAAGAAAUAUUCUCUCAAAUGCAACACAUGCAACACACUAUGGUUCCAGUCUGAGCUGGCACACGGAUACAAACCUGUUUCUGAGAAGAAUUUCAUUUACCUCAUCUGUGCACUUUAGAGGGACUUUUCACCAGUGGAAAUACAGGGUGUGGAGGAAAAGUAGAAGCACGAAGCGAGACGAAGAAAGAGAAAAGCAGCACUUUUUGUGAACUUCCAUCCUGUGGAGUUUUCUAUAAACCGUGAUCUGGACGUGGUCGCAGAUAGCAGUGAGCUACCGACAGCUUAGACCGAAGCCUCAUCCUCUUAUCCAGUUUCACUUCUCCUUGUUUUCUUAUCUGUUUGGUGAAGGCUGACAUGUGCAUAAGCAGAAUGGCUUCCAACCUUUUUUUUUUUUUUUUUUUUGGCUGCUUUGUGCUCAACUUGAACAAAAUGUAAUUUGUUUGCCCGCGUGUCUGUGUUUGUGCGUGUGUUUUUUUGCGGCGUGCGUAGCGUGAAUGCAUCCUACAUGAACUCUCCCUUGUCAAGAUGUCAGCUAUCAUUGAAUAACCUUAAUAUGCAACAUUAAAGAAGGAGCGGGAGAAGCCGGACAGAAUGUAUCAUUACAAGCUCUUAGUAGUUUCACACAGGAGGAUCAUGCUAACCAACUGUAUGAUUUUGCUUGUGUUUUUUUUUUUUUAAUUAUAUUCAUGUUUUUAUUUUGAACUGUAUGAAUUUUUGAUUCUGUUGAAGUAGACAUUUAGAUUAGGAUGUUGUCCAUCGGUGUCCGUGUAUUCGUCACUUGUUCGAUGCUAAGAAAUAGACACAUGAAGCCGUUUGUUUAUUUAUGAUCUUUUUUUAUCUAGUUUGUGCAUAGUAAAAUAGAAACACUGAGAAAUGUUGUACUGAGUGCCAUAUUGCAUUGCAAUAAAUGCCAAACCAUCA